AUGACCGAUAACACCAACCCCACAAAUGAAGGCCAGCAACCAACACAACAAUCGCAAAAGGGCAAGAAACAGCAACAGAAGCCCAACACAACGAGAAAAACCGAUAUAAACGCCAACAAGCAGAAGCAACAACAACCGAAGAAACCAAAGGUGAUACCACAUCGAGAUCACUACGCUAGAAUCUCAUACCUGGCACAGGCAUCACAAUUAAUGGGAGACUGUAAUGAGGGACUGUCACGAUGUUAUACCAGUACAAUGACUACAGUGGCAAAGAAAACAGUGCUCAGAUUGUCCCCGCAUCUCAAACGAACAGUCUGCAAGAAGUGCUCACGAAAACUCACACCAACAAACUGUGACAUUGAGUUGGAAAACCUAUCCAGGUUACAAUCAAGUAAAGCCAAUGUGCUAAUAUACACUUGCAAGUGUGGCACCGCCAAAAGAUUUCCAGUAGGAAAGAAGGAGGACUACAAGCUAUGGGCAGACACCGCGUCAGCGAAUUAA